GGGAAAGCAAGCCCCGCCCCUUCCGACUCCGGGAAGCAGAAGGUCCGCAGGAUUCCUUCUCCCGCUCCGCUGCCAUGGCGCUCCUGUGCUCCGGUAGCCGCUCGCUCCUGCCUCCUCGCAUGGCCGCCCUCGCGGUCCGAGCCAGCUCCUGGUGGGCUCACGUGGAGAUGGGCCCCCCCGACCCGAUUCUGGGGGUGACGGAGGCCUUCAAGAGGGACGGCAGCGCCAAGAAGAUGAACCUGGGCGUUGGCGCUUACCGGGACGACAACGGGAAGCCCUUCGUGCUGAGCUGCGUCCGCAAAGCAGAAGCCCAGAUAGCUGCUAAGAAGAUGGACAAGGAAUAUUUGCCCAUAUCUGGGCUAGCAGACUUCAACAAGGCGUCAGCUGAACUGGCUUUGGGAGAAACAAAUGAGGUUAUAAAAAGUGGACGGUAUGUUACAGUGCAGACAAUUUCUGGAACUGGGUCUCUAAGGGUUGGAGCCAACUUCUUGCAACGAUUCUUCAGCUCCAGCCGUGACGUGUUCCUCCCCAAGCCUUCCUGGGGGAAUCACACCCCCAUUUUCAGAGAUGCCGGAAUGCAGCUACAAAGCUAUCGAUACUAUGACCCCAAAACAUGCGGCUUUGACUUCACUGGAGCUUUGGAGGACAUUUCUAAAAUUCCAGAAAAGAGCAUUAUUCUAUUCCAUGCCUGUGCUCACAACCCCACUGGAGUGGAUCCCCGUCCAGAGCAAUGGAAGGAGCUGGCAGGAGUGGUGAAGAAAAGGAAUCUCUUCACCUUCUUUGACAUGGCCUAUCAAGGUUUUGCCAGCGGGGACAUAAACCGGGAUUCGUGGGCCGUCCGUCACUUCAUUGAACAAGGCAUUAACAUUGUACUCUCCCAGUCAUACGCCAAGAACAUGGGCCUCUACGGGGAGCGUGUGGGCGCCUUCACGGUCAUUUGCAAGGACUCGGAGGAAGCCAAGAGAGUGGAGUCCCAGCUCAAGAUCCUGAUCCGCCCCAUGUAUUCCAACCCCCCCAUCAAUGGGGCCCGGAUAGCUUCUGCUAUCCUGAACAGCCCUGACCUGCGGAAGGAAUGGCUGGCAGAGGUGAAGGGAAUGGCCGACCGCAUUAUCGGCAUGCGCACCCAUCUGGUGGCCAAUCUGAAGAAAGAAGGUUCUUCUCAUAACUGGCAGCACAUCACUGAUCAGAUCGGCAUGUUCUGCUUCACCGGACUGAAGCCGGAGCAGGUGGAACGGUUAACCAAAGAAUUCUCCAUCUACAUGACCAAGGAUGGCCGCAUCUCCGUUGCAGGCGUCACCUCGGGCAACGUGGCUUACCUGGCUCACGCCAUCCACCAGGUGUCCAAGUGAACAGGGAGGAUUGUCAGAUGGCUUCGUACUCUGUCUAGGCUGGGGGGAGAGUAGGAGUAGCAGCAGCAGCACAAGCAUUUCCCUCGCUUUUUUCAUCAUCCGUCACUUGGCUUUGUGUCAUUGCGCACACACACACGCACACACCCAUCGCUUGAGGUGACUUCCGGUCCUGUGUGCGAACACUGGCAUCCUCUGAGCUGGGCUAGGAGACUCUUGGCCUCUUUGUGAGCGUAGCCUUCCCCAGGACUACAGCUCCCAUAAAUAGCCAGGCUAAUUUCAAGUGUGCCCUGCUCAGUCUGCCUGCGUGGAGUGGACGUCCUUCUCCCAACUCUGUGCCCAGGGAUUCGAAGGAAGCUGUCAAGGAAAAGUGGCUUUUUUUCUUGCUAGAAAAAGUUCUCAUUGUUCUUAUGACAGGAAUAUAAGGCUUUUUUCCCCACUUCCCAAUAGAAAAAAGCAAUUAGCACAGUAUUUUAAACUAUUCACUGACAGGAUUAAUUUUGAUUAGCCGUAACCCAUUAAAUUCCCUUCCCUUUCCUUUGGGGUCUUUGAGAAACCGUUGUAUGUAUGGACAUACCUGCGUGGAAAGCCUUCCUCCUGGGGUAAAGCUCCUUUGCGAAGUUGGCAUAUGUUGUGGCUCUUAAAAAACACAACUUUUCUCAGCUGCUCACCUCACCAAGGAAAUAUUCUUUCUCCUAUUCAAAAAUUAUUUUUAGUGCUGCUUCAGUUCCGGUAGAGAUAGAUGCUCAAAGGCGUGUGGCAGAACGUCCACAGAAAUGGAACAUUGCAUGAAUUAAGUAGGACAGAAGUUGCAAAACUGACCCCCAGUGCGAUAUUCGCACUGCAACCCCUACUUCAUAUGGUGAACUCAUGUAUGAUGGAGCUCUGCAUUUUCUCGUGUGUGUCUUAAGAACUGAAUGCUCUCCCCACCUCUGAAAGCAGAGGGCAGGAGAAAGCCGCCAUCAGGUUUAUCAACCAACGAGCUUCAGUGGCUGCACACCCGUCCUGUGCCAGGUGGAUGCUGGGGUGCUCCGAUUGUCUCUUCAGAACCCCAAGUGAGGAAGAAGCAUUCUGGGAAACGGGGCGACCUGCACAGCUGCAGCCAUCAAAUGCCUCCCAUGGUCCAUCACCCCUGGGACGCCUCGUCGUCUUCCCGAGCGGAUCAGUGGAAUGAAUGGUGAACUCUGCAAAAGCAAAGCCGCCGAAAGAGACAGGUGGAAACCGCCUCUCCCCCUUGGGAAGCCAAGCACAGGCGCCUCUUCCAGCUGGCAGGUUCUCCGCCUGAGAGGUGGUAAGGCAGCCUGCCUCCUGCGCAGCCUUCCUACCCUCCCUCCCUCCUUUAAUAAAGCUGCUGUAC